AUGGAGUCAUUGAUAGACAUUGACACGUCACCUACGCGACCCGCGACCCGCGGUAACAAUGGCUCUGCUAUUGCCGCACCAUCGGUCGACCUCCUUCUUGAAGGCUCGAUUCAGGACGAAGCCAGGCUUGGAUCUUGCCCUGUCCUAGAUGCCGAUGCCUAUGAUCCACGUGGCCCACCAGCCUCUCCUAGAGAAGGCACCAAUAUUCAGGGCCAAGAUAGCCCUAGUAUGUCGUCUGUCAUGUCAACCUCUACUACCACAAUCGACAAUGAUAGCAAUGCCUCGCCGAUGGACACACAUGCUCCUGUUCCUAUUUUUGGAAUGAGUAUCGAGGCUACUACCUCCCUCAAUGCCCUAACCCUUCCGGAUUGCUAUACCAAUGACCUAGUAGGAAGAGCAACUCAUAUCGGUAUCGAGGAUACCCACUAUGGUCAGCUAAUUGAAGCCAACUUCGUCCUUUCACAUCCCCCAGGCGUCGAGCCAGCUGUGCUUGGGGCGGUGCAUGAAGGGUUAGUUCGAAUAGCAGAGGAGCACCACAUUGAGCUCCAAUGCAUACCCCGGGGCUCCUACUUGAAGCUUAUCGCCCCUAGGAAGAACAUGGUGGAGCUUGUUGGUGCGGCCCAAGAUCUGGCCGACAGCUUGACCAUGAAAAUGCCGAGCAACGUCAACGGUAUUUUUCUAGAACCGCCAACUCGAGUCAACAGUGGUUCCCAAGUCAUUCUGCAUGACAAUCCUUUGGGCGGUGGUAAACGCCCAAAGCUAGAGCUAGGACAAGAGACCGCCGUUGGUCUAGAAGUCCCAGUUGAUCCCCAAAACUACUUGGGACGUCUGCGGUUUGCCCUUUACACUGGGCUCAAGAAGGCUGGUGGUGUUCCUGGGUCACUCGCAUUAAAGGUCAAUCUAGGCCAGUUUAUCUUGCAAUCGUACCCUCGAAGCAAGCUCGCCUACGAGUACCACGACUUCCAGAACCUGAUGAAGAAUCCCCGUGUUUCUGGAUUAUUGCAGACUGAGAUUGGGCACAAGUCCCAGGCCACGGAGGUCCUAGACUUCGUUAGACGUGGGGGCAACGGUCUUCUACAGCCUAUUCGAGGUCAGAUAACCUCGCCGGCGGAUGUCUUGCCUGAAUAUGCAUUCGAGAUACACUCCAAUCGUAUCAUAUUCACCGCCCCAAUCAAGAUGAAGGGCAUCGAGGGUGCAAGAGGCGCACAGCCGAAGGAAUACAGCCUCUAUCAGGUUACAGCCUGUAGAGGGGACGAUUCCUUCCCCGAGCUUGACGUCAAGAGCCUGGGCCUUGGCAAGAACCUAGACUGGGGCUUGGUGGCUGUCACCGAGGAGAAAGGCGCAAAGGCGUUUCCCGAAGUUGUCAAGUACUUAAGAUCAGCUAAGAUUGAGUUGAUUGACUGGGACGAGCCACACGAUCCCUCCGUCUACCCUAACGUGGCACUCCCGUUCAACGAGACAGCGAAGAAGUUCAAGAAUAUCGCUGUGAAGACCAUAUACCGCUUCAGAUGGAAAUCGACCUCAUACAUUGUCCAGAUCGCCAUCAACCACCGAUGGGACAGCGUUGCUACCAUGCAGCAGCUGCCAACCGUUGAUCUGGGGAUCAGUGUCACUGCAGACAAUUGGAAUUCGGUAGAUGGUGAUGCCGGAAACAAUUGGGGGAAUGAGCUGGAGUUUCUACUCGAUGGCCACGAGGGUGGCGGCGCCGAACGGGCCAAUAGCUUCAUACAGACGAUCGGAGAGAUUCGCGACUGUUUUGAUGCCUUCUUUUAG